AUGUGGCUCAGUGGAUCGAGCUGACCUUGCGGAGGAGGGGUGGGGGUCCUCCGGGCAGACAGAUGAGGAGGCAGGGAGGAAAGAGAGAGACGAGCAGAGGGAGGGGGUGGGUUAUUUCUGAGCUCAGGGCCGAGGAUUAGGCAGCAGAGAGCAGUCCCGGUACGAUGACAGCAUCCAGCAUAUAGCCACCCCCCCCUCCACACACAUACACACACACACACACCACAUCACCAUCUCCAUCCGGCCCGGGAGGACGCCGCGGAUAUUUCAGAGAGACAGAUCGUCUCCUCUCGGUUUCUCCGCAUCACUGAUCCUUUCGGGGGACAACCCUCCCAGACUCCCGGUCCCGUCUGUAUCUCCUCCGCAAAGACCACGAGGUGGCCGCACCAGAUUGGGAUUGGCCCUGAUGAUCACAAGGAACCCCCUCCACCUCUUUUCAGCCAAUCCUGGAGGGGCUGCGGAGCUGAUGUCUCAGAGGGCGAGAGGGUAUUUGUGUUCUGGAGUCCUGAAGAGACAAGCCACAUCACGAUAAAUGGAGGAGAAGGAGCGAUGUAGGAGCAGGUCACCAGCUCGGAGGGCCAGUCGGGUGCAGCAAGUGGUGGGAACAAUAAUACGUCGCACCCGAGAGUCACUUAGCAGAGAGCGGCUGCUCGGCGAUGGCAGGUCGCAGCGCUCCAACAGUCUGUCCAAUCAGAACUUCCAGGCCAAGCUCACGCUGCAGAUCACCAGGGACCCGGUCCUGGACAGCAGCACUGGGCAUGGCUUCACCCUCACCACAGACCAACCCCUGCUGGUCAGGGACGUCGCCGCAGGGAGUCCUGCAGAUGGGAUUCUGUACCCAGGGGACCAGGUGCUGCAGAUUAAUGAUACAGUGCUGGAGGAUCUGGGCGACGAGCAAGUGGAAAACGUCUUAAGGGAACUGGAGGAUUGUAUCAAUGUGACUAUCCUGCGGCACAUGACAAACCCCAAGUCGUCCAUCAUGUCGGCAGAGAAGAGAGCUCGUCUGAGGAGUAAUCCAGUUAAAGUGCGCUUCGCAGAGGAGGUGGUGGUCAACGGGCACACUCAGGGAAACUCUCUUCUCUUCCUGCCCAAUGUCCUGAAAGUUUAUUUAGAGAACGGACAGACGAAGGCCUUCAAGUUUGACAAUACCACCACUGUCAAGGACAUUGUUCUGACUCUGAAGGAUAAACUGUCCAUCCGGGCCAUCGAGUACUUUGCCCUGGUGCUAGAGCAACAGUACAGCAUCACCAAACUAGUGCUGCUGCACGAAGACGAGCUCAUACAGAAGGUGGUGCAGAAAAAAGACUCCCACGACUACAGAUGUCUGUUCAGGGUGUGUUUCAUCCCCAGAGACCCCACAGACCUGCUGCAGGAUGACCCUUCUGCCUUUGAGUACCUCUAUCUACAGAGCGUCGGGGACGUGCUGCAGGAGCGUUUUGCAGUAGAGAUGAAGUGUAACACUGCCCUCCGCCUGGCUGCCCUGCACAUGCACGAGAGACUUGAUAGUUGUGGACAGACCAGAGCCUCGAUCAAGAGUAUUACGAAGGAGUUUGGCCUUGACAGCUUCAUCUCUCCCACGCUGCUGGGCAACAUGAGGGAGAAGGACCUGAGGAAAGCCAUUAGCUACCACCUGAAAAAGAUUCAGUCCCUGCUAGAGCCACGCCAGAAGGUCAUUUCUGCAACUCAGGCUCGGCUGGCCUACCUCACUCAGUUGGGAGAGCUCAUUUCAUACGGGGGACGAUCAUAUACGGCCACAAUGAUGCUUCAGGACAGGGAGGUGUUAGUCAGCCUGCUGGUGGGAGCCAAGUAUGGGAUGAGUCAAGUCAUCAACCACAAGCUCAACGUGAUUUCUACACUUGUGGAGUUCAGCAGCAUCAGCCGAGUGGAGUUGCUGUCGGAGUCGGACAAAGUCAGCCUACUGCGCAUCUCACUGCACGACAUGAAGCCAUUUGCCUUACUGAUGGACUCUCUGGCAGCCAAAGACUUAGGGUGUCUACUGGGAGGCUACUACAAACUCCUGGUGGAUCCCACUGUCAGUGUCUUCCGUCUGGGGCGCCCAAAAGUGAGGGUGCACCGGAUUCCUGCUGAAGAAGGUGUGUGUGGAAGGUUCGCCGUAAUAGAGGGCGUGUGCUAUGAAUCCCUAUCAAGUUAUGUGUCUCGCUGCUGUAGUGACUCCGAUGACUCAACAGAUGAGGAUGACCCAAUGGAUUCUCAGAAUUACAAACGUCCAGACCCAGCAAGUCAGGACUGGGAAGAAAGAAGGAGGGAGGAGGAAGAAAAAAGGAGAGAGGAAGAAAGAAAAGAGAGAGAGGAGCACAAGGGCAAACAGGAAGUGAAGAUAAUAGUGACAACAGAAGGUAAGGAAAAUGAGGGUGAAGAGGAAGGAGGAGCAACAGGAAGUGGUAUGCGUAAAUUUAGCAUUAUGGAUGAAGAAAUGAACUUGGAGACCAGCUGGUACCACACUGACCCACGGGUCACCAGCAGCUUCUCCAGCUUGUCUAGUGGCUCAUUGAGUGCUGCCCUGGAGGACAGCAGUGCUUCAGCCAAGGCCACAUCUCGUCGUGGACCACGCACAAGUGAGGAUCUACCGAGCUUGGAUGUCCACCACCCCUACCUCCUGGAGCCGAAACGCCAUCAAGGGCCCCUGCGACCCACCAACCUCAAUUACCGUGGCAAUGACAACUCUUGCCUUUGCUUUGCUGAGCUCUCCAAGGCUGAUUUUCUCCCGAGCCCGCCUGAGGCCACUAGCGAUGAUGACAACGAUGAUGAUGAUGAUGAUGACGAGGAAGAUCGUGGAGUGGAGGAACUUAGGCGAAUUUCUAAGAUCCCUAGUUCAAGAGAUUUGAGAAUGAUUGACAGCAUACCCUUUGAUAGAUCACCCAUUAAAAGAAAGAAAAAGACCCCUCCCAAAGUCCCAAUGAGGAUCAGUUCAAUUCCUGCGAACAAAGCUGGACAGGCUGAGCAGCGCCUCUCCAGGGACGAAGAGGGUCUAUUCCUGACACCUUCACCAAACCCUAAACCACCUCUGUUUGUCAAAGACGCUGUCUCAGAGUCCGAGGAUGAGUUUUUCGAUGCACAGGAGAGAUUUACUCCCCCAGUUCCUGAUCUAUCAGACGCUGAGCUGGCUGACCGGCGAAAUGCUAAUCGGUUGAGUGGAACCUGGAAUGGUCUUCCAGGUCUACCAGGAAAAGAGCUGUCCUCCCCCUUUGCCAAUAAAGCCCAGUCCCAUAAAAUCAAGAAGGAACUGGAGAAACUUAAAGGCCCCCCAAAUCAACUUACCAACCAACAGUCAAGUCCAACAAAGCAAUUUCAGAAACCUGAAGUUAAGGUCAAACCACCACUGGCACCCAAGCCCCAGCUGCCUCCCAAACCUCAGAUCAUUCCUCCCAAAUCCCCACAGCAUGGGAAAUCAUAUGCCCACUGCAACGGGGAUGCCUCUGGCCGUAUGUCCUCUGAACUCCUGGAAAUGGAGCCAGACACCAUGGAGUUUAAGUCUGUCACAUCUGGGGCAGGUGGACUCCCUCUGUCUUCACCUCUGAUCACAGCAGUGAGGUGCAGCAAACAGCCAUCACCCAGUACAACACCAGAAACUGAGGAAAAGGCAAAAUGGCAGGAAAACAGCACAAAACAGAGUAAAGAUCUGACGAAAGACAAUGGAGCGCACGUUGUUUCCAAUAAUAAAUCAUACAACCCUGAUGAAAAGGAAACUCCUAAAGUUGAGGGGAAAAGCAAUGGGACUGCACUACCCUCAAAAAAGCCACCAAAUCUACCCACUAUCCCGCGCUCUAAUUCAGGUUCAAAGCUAUCUGUUCCCCCUCCAGUGCCCCCCAAACCCACUUCUCCCAUCAAUUUCCAUCCCUUGUCACUACCUGCUAGCUCUCCUGUUUCCCCAACUGAUCCAAGCAAAGGGAUCUUUAAAGAUGGCAUUAGUCCACCAAAUGGAAUUCUACCUUGGAGCAGCCGCAAUGGCAGCGUCCAGUCAGGACCCAGGAGGGUCUCUCUGAGUCAUGAAAGCCUGUCACCCAAAAAUACAGAUGCACCUCUCACGCUUACCACCUCCCUCACCUCAACCAACUCCACAGGUGUCGGGGGCCUAGAAAAGAGAGAACCUGGAAGAUCUGGAUCAGGAUCAGAUCUGAGGACCAGCUCUUCUAGCCUGGGAGGCAGACUACCAGCUUCUGCCCUGAGAGGGAAGAUCCAGGCUCUGCCUUGGUACAUGACGCGUUCCCAGGAGAUUUUGGGAACUCUGGAUUAUCCCUCUACUAGCUCUAUCAAUGGAGACACGUCAGGAUUCGGCUCUGGUUUAUCUGUUGCCAGUGGCUUGUCAGAUUUAAACAAAACCCCUGUCAAGGAAAAAGAGACGACUUUGCCCUCAAAAUCAGGAUCAGGAGGGAAAGAGAACAUUUUAGAGGAUGGAGCUGAGGUUGUCAUAGCCACCAUUAAAGAGGCACAGGAUGUGACCUCACACAUGAAAAAGGCUAAUGGGACAAAUGGCUCCCACCCUAAUUUGAGUUUUAAAGACCAUAGCGUACACCGAGGUAGUGUUUCAUCAGAGCAGCCUCAGUCACGGUCCCAUUCUGCAGUGGGGUUGGGAGGUGUGACCAACAUGCAAAUCGGAGGUGACUCACCAACCUCAUCACUCGCAGAUACUACUCCUCCACAGCAACACCGGGAGGCUUGUGGCUGCCGCACUGUUUAUGCUAACUGUUUCAGUGGAGACACUGAGGACGGUGUCAGCUUUGAUGAGGAGCUUACUGUUUACGAGUUCUCCCGCCGUACGCGGCCCAAACCUACACGACCCGCACCUAUAUCUUCUCCUACAACACCCACUCCUACAACACCCCCUCCUACAACACCCCCUCCAAACCCCAAUAUUCUGUCGCUGCUCAAGGACAACCCCCGUCCACUCUCUACCUUCUCCACCGCCUCCUCUGAACUCAGUCCCUUAGUUUCAUGUCCGGUUUCCCCCACAGUCUCACUUGGUUGUCCUCUUCGUUCACUUACAAACAAGAAUUAUGGCGGGCUGAAAGGAGGUUUUGCUUCCCUACGUCAAGAUAUAGACCAACUUCUGCUAGUCUUAGAGAGGGGAGUGCUUGAACAACCCCAACAAACAUCAUGUCAAGACUCAAAGCAGGAUAUUACAGGCACAAAAGUAGGGCCUGAUCUAAAUCACAAUGGAACGGUAGGCAGUACUACCCCAACACCCAGUCCGACUUGUAGUGGGACAAGCACUGCCACUAUGACAGAGGCCGAAAGGAGUCUUCUCCAGGCAGAGGCUCGACGAUUGGCAUCUGGGUGUCAGCGGGCCACACGUGUAGGCUGGGCUCCUGAUGAAGCCCUGCGUUCAUUAUCUAACAGCUUCAGUGCCCUGGUUCAGUUGUCAGCAGCUUGCCUGCGUACAAACCCUUGCCCUGGUUGUGAAAUCUGCCAUAAUGUGAAUCUGGACCACAGAGACGAGGACGAUGACAGCGAGGAACCCAUGGACAAGCUAAAGGAGAUAGUGGGUCUGUACCGGGAGUUUGUUGGGGCUGUUGAGACAGCUGGAACUGGUGCUGGAAGUAAGAGUGUGGGCCUCGCUGGGUCUGGACAGGGUCAUGGGGAGAGUGAUGGGGUGAGGCUACUCGCCAAGCGCUGCACUGUGCUCAUCUCCUCUGUAUUCGCACUCACACAGCUCUUCCGGACACACACACUAGACACCUCGGACACGCCUGGACACGUCCCUCUCAACUUUUGAUCUGUGAACUUUUACCUACUAAUUGCCCACUGGCUCGAGGUGAGACAAAAUGAAACAGCACAGAGUGAUCUGGUGUGUAACCCCUGUGUUCUUGUACAGUAAGUGCCAUGCACACCACAGCACACAAACUUCAACCCACAUUACACAAACCCACAUGGAAAACACAUACACCAAACAGAACCCUAAACGAAGAGAGGAAACGUCGUUGUUUGGCCUCUUCUUGGACGCAUAUGGACUAUGCAUUGUGUACAUAUGAAUUUUAUAAUUAUCUUAUAAUUCUCUUAUUUUAUGAUACAAUAUGUGUAUGUAUGUAAGGAUGGAUUACCCGUUUAUGUAUUUAUGUAUUUAUUUUUACAAUAUUUGCACCAUGGUCUGUGAUGUGCAGGUCUCUGGUGAAAAAAAAAACUAUGGAUGUCACUGGAAUUUUUAUUUUUCCUUCUCUUUGAGACAGUAUUAUGUUAUCUUUCGCUGCUUUAAAGAUUUCUCCACUCUACAAGGUGUAAUCUGUAAAUUGUCAUUUAUCAAGUUUAGUAUGACAGUACAUUUUACUGACAAAAUACUGAAAAAUAUACUUUAUCACACUUGCAAAAAUACAGUUAUUAACUGAUUUGUUUUAUAUGUGCAGGGACCGCAGCUUUUUAAGGAUUUAGUUUUUCAACAUUACAGUCACAUAUUAAUGGGAUACACAACUAUACCAUUACAAAGCAGGGAGAGCACUUUUGACUGUUACAGAUUGCACCUUUUUAUGAGACACAUAACCUUGUGUAAAGUGUUUUUUCUACCCUCUCCCCAAGUCCUGACUGACUUUGAGUGAAUGCUUCUUGGAAAUACUCCCAUUACCCAAAUGUAUGCAGUAUUAUAACAUUAAUCUAGUUUUCAUCCAAAGGACAUUACAUAUACAGUACGAUAUAUUUUCUGGGAAUGUGUGGAUGAGGCCCAGGGAGCAAAACUGGGGACCUUAUUUAUGUAGUUAAAAAAAAGUUUUUGACUCGGCACAAGGGUGACUGUUAAACUAUGUCCAGAUGUAGCAAAGAUCCAAAGUCUUAAAACACUGAGCCACAACUGUUCCCCACUACGGUUUCCUUUUUGGGCACACCACGUUAUUAACAACAUACUGACUGACAGAUGGACUGACUGCUGUAUGAUGGGGUCAGAAGUGUAGAUAUACAUUAUAUCUUUGUCUCCUAUUCUGUCUCUACCUUAGUUUAUGGCUAUGCAAACAUAAACUCCCCACCACCCCACACACUGUAUUCUUGUUUUUUUGUGCUAACAUUAAAAACAACAAUAGCUGCAUUAUGUUUGUCUGAAUAUAAUGGGUGCUUUCUUUGUUUGGAAUGUUGGCCUUUGUCUUGUUUCGGGAAAACUUACUGCAUUAUGGAUUGCAACGUUCUGCAGAGUUGCAUGGUAUUAGCAUUUUUGUCUAUGUAAAGACUCCUGUCUAUACUGAUGUCUGUGAAUUGUCAGUAAAAAGGAUUACAUUGCUUGAUCAGUUUGCUGAUGUACAGUGUUCACUAGCUCGUCCAUAUCACUUGAUGUCACCACAUUUAAUGAGAGAUUCGGUUCAGAGGAUUUGUUUGAGCCGCCUUCGAUUAAAACAAAAAGCAAUUAAGCGGAAUCAGUCAACAGUUGCUUAUACAAAUAUAAUAAAGGGAUUAGCUGAAGUGUUUGGCAAUAGAUGGUAGAUUGAAUCUACCAAAUUGAUUAUUGAGCAAGGUUUUGUCAAGGUGGCCAUGCUUAAAAAAAAUAAAAUAAGAAGGCAGAACUCUUUUGUGAGAUUUCAGAGCUUCCAGAUGCUAUGAAGAUAAUUUAGUUGCAGUGUCCAUCAAAGCACUAACAUUAAGACAUACUUUAUGUCUCAGGAGCAUCUCUAGAUCAUCAAGCAGGCCCGAACAGGGACGAGUGCCUGUGUCACCUAUUUGUUUUAUUUCUGUAUGGUAAAAGUUCUACCGACAUUUCAAAGAGGACAGCGUGUUUUUCUUCAUAAGCAUUCACUUUUUCCGUACCCACAUGCAUUGAAGUUGAUGUACCAAGAACAUUUAUUGUUUGGGAAUAAAAUUA